AUGAAGCAUCUUAUUACUGUUUGCAUCAUCGUCUUGUCGACAUUUGCAUACCCAAGCAUGUCUCGAAUGUUGUUUGAGUCAUCUGUUAUUAAAGCACAUCAACAAUGGAUGAAGAAGUAUGGAAUCACAUAUACAAAUAGCUCUGAGAUGGAGAAACGCUUACAAAUAUUCAAAGAAAAUUUAGAAUACAUAGAGAAGUUUAAUAAUGGUGGUAAGAAGAGUUAUACACUUGGUCUUAAUCCAUAUUCCGAUUUAACUGCCGAAGAGUUUUUGGCUUCCCAUACUGGACUCAAAGUUUCAAACCAUGAUUAA